CACCCGACAGAUAUGGCAGAGUUGGCAGGUCUGGUGCAGCGGCUGGAGGUGGCGGUGGGCCGCCUGGAGGCCAUGUCGGGCCCUGGAGAUGCGGCUGCAGGGGGAGCUGUAUCACUGUACGUCGAGGCCUUUGACGAGAUCAUCAACGGUCCUGUGGCCCAGUACGUCUCCCUCAGCCAGAAGAUAGGGGGCGAUGUUCUGAAACAUGCAGAGAUGAUGAAGAAGGCGUUCACCAGCCAGAGACAGCUCCUCGUCUCUGCCUCGUCCUCCCAGAAGCCCUCUGAUACAGUUUUGACCACCCUCCUGCAGCCUGUGUCCAAAGCGAUCCAGCAGGUGCAGGGGUUCCGCGAGGCAAACCGCACCUCACCGCACUUCAACCACCUCUCUGCCGUCAGCGAGAGCGCGCCUGCCCUUGGAUGGAUCGCCAUG